AUGACGACGCCUAAGCACCACACAUACUUACCAUUGCGUCCAUGCGUGAAUCAUUUCAGCCACAGCCAUCCUUUGCGGCCGAUUGAUCGAAUACAAGCAGAGGAAGAACUUAUUUGCUCUGGCUGUGGCCUAGAUGUUACGGGUUCAAUUUUCAGGUGCACCAAGUCUGACUGUAAUUUCCUUCUUCACAAGUCAUGCUUCAAUUUGAAAUUAGAGGUGCAACACAAAUCCCACCCUCACCACUCUCUCAAACUUCUCUCCACCCCUCCUCACGAUUACAUUAGUGGCCUUUUCAUUUGUAACGCUUGCUAUGACUAUGGCACUGGUUUUGACUACCAUUGCUCCAUAUGUAAAUUUGAUCUCCAUGUUGGAUGUGCUCAACUGCCCCAAACCAUAAAGCAUAAGGAUCACCAACAUCUACUCACUCUCUACUAUUCCUUCUCAUGCAUCAACGAGAAUAUUAAAACUUUCCUUUGUGAUCACUGUGGCCAAGAUUUGCCAAAUCAGCUCUGGGUUUACCAUUGUAAGAAAUGCGAUUUUGGCAUCCACUCACGAUGUACAAUUCCUGAUUGUUCUCGUCAUUUGUCUUGA